AGGGAACCAAAUGAGAAAAUCGAAAUGGAUGACCCAGAAAAGACGAGGUCGAGGGUCGGCCAACUAAUCGAUCAGCUGCAGUCGAGCACAUCCUCCCCGCACGAGAAGGAGCUCACCACUGCUCGUCUGCUGGGCAUAGCUCGGGCUCGAAAGGAGGCGCGUGCCCUCAUCGGGUCCCACGCCCAGGCCCUCCCACUCUUCAUCUCCAUCCUCUGGGGCGGGACCCAACUGGCCAAGAUAAACGUGGCCUCGACAUUAAGCGUACUUUGCAGAGAAGACGAGCUAAGGGUCAAAGUUCUCCUUGGCGGCUGCAUCCCCCCACUGCUUUCCCUCCUCAAGUCUUCUGCUGAGGCCCGCAAGGCGGCUGCCGAGGCCCUGUGCCAGGUGUCUUUGUCUUCUGGUGGGCACGUCGGCAUGAAGAUAUUCGUGACAGAGGGCGUGGUCCCCACCCUGUGGGACCAACUCACUGUGGGCAACGACCGCGUGGUCGAGGGUUUUGUCGCUGGGGCGCUGAGGAACCUGUGUGGCGACCACGAUGGGCACUGGCAGGCCACCCUCGAUUCUGGCGGGGCCCACGUGAUUGUCGGGCUUCUCCGCUCGGACAACCUAGCCUCCUCCCAGUCUAACGCGGCCUCUCUCCUUGCCCGUCUGGCGCUCGCUUUCCCCGACGGUAUUCCCAAAAUAAUCGACUCCGGUGCUGUCGAACCUCUAAUCCGCCUUUUGGGUCCACAAAAGGACGUCUUGGUGAGAGCGAGCGCCGCCGAAGCACUGGCCGCGCUUUCUUCCGAAUCGGCGGAGGGUAAAAAGGUCAUUGCCGAUGCGCAGGGGGUGCCGGUGCUCAUUGGGGCCGUAGUCGCGCCUUCUAAGGAAGGCCUGCAAGGAGAGUGGGCCCGGGCGCUUCAGGACCACUCCACGCGGGCUCUGGCCCAUAUAUGCGGCGGGAUGCCGGCUCUUCUGCUCUAUCUCGGGGAGCUCUCGCAGUCGCCGAGGCUGGCGGCCCCGGUUGCCGAUAUAAUUGGGGCGCUUGCUUAUGCGCUGACUGUUUUCGAGCUGGGUGAAGAUGGGGAGCCCUUUUUCGAGUCGGCUAAGGUGGAGAACAUUUUAAUCAUGCUCUUGAAGCCCAGGGACAACAGGCUGGUCCAGGAACGUCUUCUCGAGGCGCUUGCCGGUCUCUACGGAAACUCCUGCUUGUCAGGCGGCGUGAUUAAUAAUGCGGACGCGAAAAUGGCACUCGUGGGGCUGAUAACAAUGGCGAUUGGUGAUACUCAGGAAUAUUUGAUUGUGUCGCUGAUAAAAUUAUGUACGGAGGAAGUGAGCGUAUGGGAGGCCUUGGGAAAGAGGGAAGGGAUUCAGAUACUGAUCUCGGCUCUCGGUUUGUCCGGCGAGAAAAACCAGGAGUAUGCGGUGGAAAUGCUCGCGAUCCUGACCCAACAACUGGAAGACAGCAAGUGGGCCAUCACCGCUGCUGGCGGAAUCCCCCCGCUCAUCCGUUUAGUACAAGUCGGGUCCCACAAGGCCAGAUUGGACGCCACCCAUAUUUUAUGGAAACUGGGCUGUCAUGGUGAGGAUAUUCGAGCAUGUGUGGAGAGUGCGGGGGCCAUACCGGCCUUCUUGUGGCUCCUCAAAAAUGGUGAGCCAAAGGGGCAAGAGGCUGCUGCUGUGGCUCUCUUGAAGCUUGUCCGGGUCGCUGAUUCAUCCACAGUCAACCAAUUGCUAGCCAUGCUCGUUGGUAACUCACCGAGUUCCAAGGGCCAUGUCAUCAAGGUUCUGGGGCAUGUGCUCUCCAGGGCAUCACUUGCCGACCUUGUGGAAAAGGGUGCCUUCGGUAAUGUGGGCCUGAGAUCACUCGUCCAGGUUCUUAAUUCAUCCAACGACAAGACUCAGGAAUAUGCGGCAGCAGUUUUGGCAGAUUUAUUUCGUAACCGGCAAGAUAUACGCGAUGGUCUUGCUGCAGAUGAAGUCAUCAGCCCUUGCCUAAAUCUCCUAGCCAGAAAACCUCACAUUGCAUCCCGAGGGCUUGGUGCUUUGUCGGGUCCAGCCAAGAUCAAGACCAACAGCAAGACGUCCUGCAUUGUGGAAGGCGACGUUAGGUCCCUAAUCAAGGUGGCAAAAACAGCAUCCAUUGAUUUUGCAGAAAAUGCCAUGGCGGCAUUGGUUAACUUAUUGAGUGACCGGCGAGUGGCCGUGGAGGCUCUGGCCGAGGACGUUGUUACGGCCAUAACAAAAAUUUUGCACGAGGGUUCGUUGGAGGGAAAAAUGAGCGCUUCACGUGCUCUUUACCAAUUACUUAAACGCUUUCAUGUGAGUGACGUGCUUACGGGGAGGUCCCAGUGUCGAUUUGCUAUCCUUGCAGUUGUUGAUUCUUUGAAUGCGAUGGAUAUCGACAGCAAAGAUGCAAUUGAUGCCUUGGAAGUGGUCGAUCUGUUAUCUAGGACGAGGCAGGGUCUCAAUGAGGUUCCGUCAAGCUUAGGGCCGCUUGUGCGCUGCCUUUGUGAGGGUCCGCCUCAGGUGCAGGAUAAGGUGAUUGGGAUCCUGUCUAGGCUGUCCAGGGAUCAGCCAGUCUUGCUGGGAGACUUACUAGUCUCGAAUUCAAGGUCGAUUGGCGCUUUGGCGGGUAGAGUGACGAAAUCAAACAGCCUGGAGGUAAGGGUCGGGGGAACUGCACUACUGAUUUGUGCUGCAAAGGAACAUAGGUCUCAGUCGAUGGAUGCACUUGGGGCAUCUGGAUACAUGAAACCACUUACUCAUGCGUUGUUGGAAAUGAUCAAGCAGAAUCCCACUUCUUCGUAUCUGGAAAUCGAAGUAAGGACCCCGAGAGGUUAUAGAGAUAGAUCUGCUUUCCGAAAUGGGAAUGAAUUUGAUGUGUCCGAUCCUGCAACUGUCUUGGGAGGUACCGUAGCCUUGUGGCUGCUAUCCAUAGUUUCUUCUUCGUAUCCGAAGAACAAAAGCACUGUGAUGGAAUCUGGUGGGCUUGACCCCUUAUUCGACAAGCUUGCGAGACAUGCCAACAGAGAUUUUGCAGAAUUAGAGGACACGGAGGGAUUAUGGAUCAGCACUGUUCUUGCAGCUAUACUUUUCCAGGAUGCUAACGUUGUCUCCUCCCCUAUGGCCAUCGGUUUCGUGCAGCCACUCGCCACCCUCCUCAAGGCAAACGAAAUCAUUGACAGGUUUUUUGCUGUUCAAGCAAUGGCUAGUCUUGCGAGCCAUGGAAACAAGGGAAUAAAUCUUGCGAUAGCAAACACGGAUGCAGUGGAAGGCAUAAUAACCUUAGUGGGGCACUUGGGACCUUCAGACAUGCCGAAUCUGUUGGCCUUAUCCGAUGAAUUCGGUCUAGUCAGAAAUCCAGACCAGGUGGUCCUGGAGAAUUUAUUCCGAAUUGAUGAUGUCAGAGUAGGUUCUCUGGCUCGGAAGACCAUUCCUUGUCUUGUGGACCUGUUGAGACCAAUGGCUGACCGUCCGGGGGCCCCACUAGUCUCCAUUAGUCUUCUGACCCAGAUUGCAGAUGGAGAUGACGGCAACAAGCUAGUGAUGGCCGAGGCCGGAGUCCUUGAUGCCCUCACCAAAUACCUAUCCUUGAGCCCUCAGGACCUGACAGAGGCUACCAUAUCCGAGCUGUUGAGGAUACUCUUCAGCAAUCACCAUCUCCUCCGCUACAAAGCAGCAAUCAGCUGCAUGGUUCAGCUCAUUGCCGUCCUCCAGUUGGGGUCGAGAAACGCGCGUCUGAGUGCUGUCAGGGCCCUCAACGAGCUUUUUGACGCCGACCACAUCAGAAACUCCGACUCGUCCAUGCAGGCUGUCCAGCCAUUGGCCGACAUGCUGGGGUCCACGUCCGAGUGCGAGCAGGCGGCCGCCCUCAGCGCACUGCUCAAGCUGACCUCCGAUAACGACUCGAAAGUUGCUGUGCUGGUUGAGGCGGGAGGCAAUCCUCUGCGUAGCCUGCACAAGAUUUUAUCAUCCCACUCUUCUUCUCUGGAGCUGAAGACGGAUGCUGCUGAGUUAUGUUGUGCGCUCUUCGGCAACCCGAGGGUCAGGGAAAUAAUGCCCGUCGUUUCGGAAUGGUUGGAGCCUUUAAUUUUUCUGAUGAAAUCUGAUAGGGAAAGUGCCGUGGAGUCUGGAGUUUGCGCUUUCGAGCGGUUACUGGACGAUGAUGAACGUCAGGUGGAGAUCACUUCGGACCACGAUUUCGUCGGUUUGCUCGUCAGUCUCGUCUCCGGAUCAAAUUACCGGGUCAUCGAGGCGAGUAUUAGCUCGCUCAUCAACCUGGGGAAGGACCGGACCCCGCGCAAGCUGGAUAUGGUGAACGCGGGUAUCAUAGACAAAUGUCUGGAUUUACUCCCUAACGCUCCCAACUCGGCCUGCGCCAUGAUUGCAGAGCUUUUCCGCAUCCUGACCAACAGCAGCGCAGUCUCCAAGAGCCCGUCGGCUGCCAAGAUUGUGGAGCCGCUCUUCGUGGUGGUGCUGAGGACGGACAUCGGGCUUUGGGGUCAGGACAGUGCUCUCCAGGCGCUCGUGAACAUCCUGGAGAAGCCCCAGAGCCUGUCGGCCCUCAAGCUCUCCCCCAGCGAGGUCAUCGAGCCCCUCAUCUCGUUCCUCGAGUCCCCGUCCCAGGCCAUUCAGCAGCUCGGCACCGAGCUUCUCUCCCACCUGCUUGCCCAGGAGCACUUCAAGCAGGACAUCACCAUGAAAGCUGCGGCGGCCCCCCUCGUCCAGCUGGCGGGGAUUGGUAUCCCUGAUUUACAGCACACGGCAAUCAAGGCACUGGAGAAAAUCUCGCUGAGCUGGCCUGAGGAAGUUUUCGAUGCAGGCGGUGUCCUGGAGCUGUCCAAGGUUGUCGUCCAGGAUGUUGUGGAUGGCCCUCUGUGGGAGUGUGCAGCCUCCGUGGUCUCGAAUCUAGUCCAGCUGGACGCUGAGUACUACCUGGGCGUCCCCGUUGAGGCGCUCGUAAAAAUGCUACGCUCGACCUCCCGAACGACCGUGAGGGUCGCCCUCAACAGCCUCAUUAUCCAACACAAGACGAAAAUCUCGAGCGCGGAGGCUGUGGCGGAAGCCGGCGCCAUCGACUCGCUGCUUGACCUUCUGCGCUCCCACGAGUGCGAGGAGGGCGCGGCAAGGCUGCUAGAAGCACUGCUCAACAGUAGACGCGUGCGGGAAAUGAAGGCCGCGAAGCACGCGAUCGCGGCCCUUGCUCACUAUCUGGUGGACCCGCGCACGGUGUCCGAGACGGCCCGGCUGCUGGCAGCACUUGCGCUUGGGGACCUGUCGCAGCACGAGGGGUUGGCGAGGGCCAGCGACUCGGCGGCGGCGUGCCGGGCGCUGGUUGAGGUGCUGCGGCUGCAGCGGACGGAGGAGAUGAAGAUGGUGGCCGUGUGCGCGCUGCACAACUUUGUGAUGAAGAGCCGCAGCAACAGGCGGGCUGUGGCCGAGGCUGGCGGGGUCGAGUCCGUGCAGGAGAUGCUACUCUGCCCCAACCCGGAGCUUUCAACAGCUACUGCAAAUGAAGAGGUGCUGAGGACUAUAAAUGUCGUCUUCUCCAAUUUCCCCAAGCUUAUCAUUUCCGAGGCAGCGACGCUUUGCAUUCCCCAUUUAAUAUCUGCCCUCAAGUCCGGGGGUGAGGUGGCUCAGGACUCUGUGCUGAGCACCCUGUGCCUGCUCAAGCAGUCAUGGUCGGCUAAUGUGACGAGGUCUCAGGCUAUGAUUGCAGCCGAGGCCAUCCCCACUCUGCAGAUGCUUUUAAAGACUGGCCCACCGAGUUUUCACGACAGGCUGGAAAGCCUGUUGAGCUAUUUGCCGGGAUGCUUAACGGUGUUCAUCGGGCGAGCUAACAAUUUGAAGCAUGGUGGCACGAGUGCUUUUUGCCGGUUGGCCAUAGGCAAUUGCCCCUCUAGGCGCACUAAGGUUGUGAGCCAUAACACCUCACCAGAGUGGAAAGAAAGAUUUAUGUGGGCCUUUGAUGUACCACCAAAGGGGCAAAAGUUACAAAUCGACUGCAGAAGCAGAAGCAGAAGUACUUUCGGAAAGACUUCUCAUGGGAGAGUCACAAUUCAAAUUGACAACGUUGUAACUGAAGGAGUAACCAGUGGUGUUUUCAGCCUCAGUCAUGAUAACGGCCAAGACAGCUCCUCUAGGACGCUCGAACUCGAGAUAACAUGCCUAACAACUCAAAUGAAGCGCAAUGAGGCGCCAUUUGGGUUGAGAAAUAUGAAAGAAAAACUACGUUGUACAAUGUUGAAGCUCAACACUAUUACCACUAGUCAGAAAUUUCCAUAUCUGACUGAGCAUAAGUUUUACUGGAGGAAAAUGAGCAGUGCAACAGAGUUUUGA